GAAAAUGCUGGUCAAAGGAGAUGCACUUUGUGGGGUGGGUGAAUGAAACGCGUUGACUCGUACGUGAAAGAAUAGCCAGGGUGCCCAGCACCUUUACUUUUUUGCAAGCGCCAAGACCGGCCAAAGGGAUGCGAAGCACGGGACCGGUUUGCCCCCCAUUGUGCAAUCUCCCCAAGGUGCAUAUGCGUAAUGCAUCACCUUCAUUAGAUAGAUCGAAGUGAUCUGUAUUAUCUCGAGGACGGUUCCCCUGAAGCGCAGCGAGUGAGCUAAAUGCACCACCAGCAAGCUUGCCUGCGGACGCGAGGUACUGUGCAUCGCUGAGAUCAUUGGAUAUAUUGAUCAAGUAUUUAUUUGUAGGACAUAGUAUGUGCGUGCCAGCCCUGCAGUGGGGCGGCAGGGCAGGCGGCGGGGCAGGCGGAGGCGGCGGGGCAGGCGGAGGCGGCGGGGCCGGCCCCCGGGGCACGGUGCACGUGCUGUGGCACUACCACUUCUCCGCCUUCUGCCGAAAGCGCUGGGCUGCGUUCAUCCAGCGCGACCACGCGCUCCACCAGGUCGCCAAGCAGCUCACGGGUGGCAGGCCCAAGGAGGAGGUGGUGGUGGGGUGGGGUUUGUGGGCCUUCCAGGGAGGGAAGGGCGGCUCCCCCAUCUCUGUCAGGGGCGGGCGCGCACCAACAGGGCGGCUCAUCAAGCUGCUCCGUGAGCGCUACACCAAGCAUGUGUUCAUCAUCAAUGAAUACAAGACCUCCAAGACCUGCUACAACUGCGGAUGUCAGGAGAUGGCCAUCAAGCGGCUUGGGGGGCUGAAGGAGGGGCAGCGGCCCUGGUCGGUCAAAGUCUGCAACGACUGCUUGACGACCUGGAACCGCGACGUUUCUGCCACCAACGUGAUCCGUGUGCUCCUCCUGCUGAAGCUGAUGGGCUUCGAGCGGCCGACCAAGCUGCAGCGGCCACCAUGGCCGCCACCGGCGGUGUGGCCGGGCUGAGAGCCUGAACGGCGCUAGCAGGGCGUGGGGCUGAGGGUGCACGUGUCGAUUGGCGGCCCCAGCUGACGGCAGUCAGCGUGGCAGACGACUGCAUGCCCCCGCCGCCAAACACGGCCUGGACAAACGAGGAGGGUGCCACGGCGCCCGCGCCUGCACCGGUGAAGACCUCGCCAUGGCGCCUUGCCAGGGUGGGCAGCAGCCCAGGAAGGCGGGCCAUGGACGUGCUGUCAAGGGGCACAUAGAUCGGCGUGAAGGAGGGGCUGGGGGUCAGCGUGAACAGACGUGCGUGAUGCUGUUCCCAGCGCAAGGACGCAAGUGUAACGCCGGCUCUAGUUACUUGUGAUCAUAACCGAGCGAGCUUACCUCAGGAAUCUUGCGGGCCUUCUGGCCGCCGAGGGAGAGCACGCCUAGACUGUAGACUAGCUUGGUUAUCCCCCAAGAGGAACUCGAAUACAUGAAUGAAACCGGUGGGAAUAUGAUCCCCACGACCUUAAGUUAAUAAGUGUCCUCAAAGCGGCCCGACCGAUUGGUACUUAACGCGGGCUCGGCAAGGCCCGUACAGAGAUGGAUCAUGCGCGUAGCGCGAGGUCCAAAUACUACGCUCUGUAAUCAUAGCGAAUC